AGCAUGCGAUGGGACUAGAAAGCCCGACAUAUUUCGAAGUUACUACAGCGAUCCGCGGGUAGAGCAUGCGACAUAUCUCCAAUUUUGUUUCGGUAACGGUUUGGACCAUGAAGGCAAUACUGGAGUUAUGCCCAGUGAGGUUGUACGAGUUGUUAUUAAUGAAAUGACAACGCAGUGUCUUACUCAGGGCGAUAUAAAGGUCGAAGAGGACGACACUGCUACCGCAUUCGAAAUCUCGGAAGCAAAAAAUAACGGAGAGCUUGCCAACUAUGCUGGAAUCGACGAAGCCGAUAUGCUCGACGAUGAUUGCGAUGAUGAUCUGGAAGACGAUUACGAUUACGAUUACGAUAACGAUAAUGAUCAGGACGAUGCUUACGAUGAGGAUCUGGAGCCAAAUUCUAUUAGCCCCAAAAUGCUUGAUACGAUGUCCGUUCGAGAUUUUAACAACAUGAAGUUGGCUCAUUAUGGAGAGACGGAAUACAUACAAAAAACUAUGGUCUGUAAAGGUGUAUCUUGGAGGCAUGGCAAAUUUCCAUGCCCUCAUAAUGCUCAACUAUCGAUCGACAAUGCUAUCCUAUACGAGCGAGUACUGAAGCAUAAGUCCUCGACAACUUUGGCGUUGCGCUUGCAGAACCGAUGUCACGACUGUUGCAAAACUGGAAACCGUCUCGGGAGAUGGAGAAGCCUCUCAAAAAUAUCUGCCGAUGGUGUGUUGUUAUGCUCCUGGGCGAAAUGUAUUGAGCCAAGAUGGGAUCUGAAGGUUCGCUGUGAGAAGCACCAUAUGAAGCAUCGUGAAUGGAGACCAUCAGACAGCAAAUCCAAAACCAGUGGCUGGCAAGACCGAGUUAACAACCCUAACCGAAGAAACUCAAACCAACCAGGCUCGAGCAUAACGACCUAUCAGGAAAUGCACGACUUCUUAGCGUCCCGACAUAUCAAAUUACCCAAAGAGUUCCAAGGAUUAAAAAAUUACCUGACUGGCUCUCGUGACGGAAUAUGCCGCUACUUUUAUGUGGACACAGAAUGUGAUAGAGUCGCCGGCCUGCUAUUUGAGAUAGCCAUCUACCGUGCAGACGGCACAUUACUCCUCGACACGAAGAUCAAUCAUAAUUGCACUCAUUGCCAGAUCUUGUGUAAGAGUUCUAGGAAAGGAAAAGGCUUCGCUACAUGGGUCUACGGCAUAACUCAAAAGUCAAUCGAUACCGUCACCGAAGGAAUCACUAUGACCGAAUUAACGUCUAAGCUCAAGGAGAUCGGCAUUAACCAUAAUUCAAUUAUGAUCGAGUGGAGUACCAAUUAUUUCGACUUUCACGCAGUUACGAGUUCCUUAGAGCAUAACGAGGAGGGUGCGAGCAAAUUUCUGCCCAGCAAAGAUCACUGGAUCCGAGCACCAAUUCAUCUGUGGCAAACCCUAGUACCGGGAUCACCUAGUUAUUCCUUAGAGUUGCUCUUUGCAAAGGUCUUCCCAGAUGAGUAUAUAGGACAACAUCACACAGCUAAAGUUGACACAAAUAAACUUAUGCGUAUGGUGGAGAAGGCAAUUUAUAUUUUUGAGUGA